AGUUUCUUGGUGAGCGGAAGAAACAUAGUCUUAACUGCAGAGCUUUUCUUCCCUUCGGUUUGGGUCCGAGAAUGUGCAUAGGUAAAAUAAAAAACAAGACAAAGGAUGAAGAAAGCAAAAUAUUUAAUUCUUGAUUUUAUGAUACAAGUGUUUAUAUUGACGCAAGAUAAAACUGUACAGAUAAAGAUAAUUGAUGGAUGAAUCAUUAAUAUUUUAUAUAAAUAUUUGUGAUAUAUCCAAAGGUUAAUUUACCAUUAAAAAAUAAAAUAUGCAAAAGCGUGUUAACCGUACAAAAUGGAGGUAAAUAAUGAAACUAUAAUAAACAAAACUAUAUAAUAAACAAAACUAUAAUAAAAAAUACUAAAAAUACUAAUAAACUAAUAGGGGGCGGCGGUGUGGUCUAGUAAGGUAAAAUGCCCAAUACUUGGACAAAAUGAAAUUUUAGACCUAUAAUUGGACACUCAAAAACCUACUUUAAUAAAAAAUAUUCAAUUGAAAAAUAAAAUAGAAUAGUAUUGCGAACACUUUUUUGAAUAACAUAUAAUUUUUAUUAAUACUUAUUUCAAAAAAUUGAAUAAAAAUGAUCAAUUUGAAAUUUCACCUUAAGCCCCAUAAGAGCGACAUAAUUUUUCUUGUAUUUUUACAUUUUUGUUAAUUGUGUUUAUACUGUUACAAUAAGUCCGAUGCAUUUAUAUAUAUAAGUUGUGAUAUUAUCUGAUAGUUUUUAUAUUAUUAAACAAUGUUUCCAAUAUAAUAAUAUUACAAAAAUAAUUAUUUCUUUGGAAAUUAGCUGUCCAAGUAUACGUUCGAUAAGUAGUAGUAGUUGGACACACGCAACGCUCGUGUCCAACUUCAGAUCAUAGGCACUGAUAUAUCAAUGCAGUAUUUGGACACGUUUCUCCGGGAUUUUGUUUGUACAAUUUUUAGUAAAAAAUGUUUACAAAAAGUGUUUUCUAAUAACUAUUAGUGUUGUGGAAUAUUUAAUAUUUACUUACGGACUGAAAAAAAACAUCAAGAAAAAAAAUUUCGCACCUUCGUACCAAAUAACCUCAAAAUCCAGAACUUGACUUGGCAAGCAUUUGGUAGUCAGGAUGGCUAGGAAGAAAAUUAAUGAGAAAACUGUAAAAGAGACUGCUAAGAAGAAGAAGAAGAGUGCAAGUGGUCAGUAUCAUAGAGCUGUAGCUAAAAAGAAGAGAAGUGAAAAAAAUUACAGUGUUGAAACUCUUCAAGCUGCUCUCAAUGCAACGAGCGAAGGGCUGACUCUCCGCCAAGCUGCUCACAGUUUUGGAGUACCAAAGAGUACUCUUUUUUUUAAAUUAAAGUAUAACUCACCACUUGAGUGUAGGAAGGGACCAAAAACUGUCUUGAGUGCGGAAGAAGAAAAUGAAAUUGCAAGUUGGAUAGUUUUCUGUGCAGAUAGUGGUUUUCCUGUGAAUAAAACAAGACUCCUUGACUGCGUACAAAAAUAUUUCAAUAAUAACAAAGCUAAGACUCCUUUCAAGAACAAUCGUCCUGGACAACACUGGUAUCGAGCUUUUAUGAACAGACAUCCAAAUCUGAGUACCAGAAUAGCACAAAAUCUGACUUCUACCAGAGCAGCCGUCACUGAAGUAGACCUUCGAAACUGGUUUGCAAAAGUCAAACAAUACCUUGACACAAAAAACUUGCUGCAUAUAGAACCACACCGAGUAUUCAACUUGGACGAGUCUGCGUUUAUGCUUGUUCCUAAGGACAACAAAGUGAUAACAGAGAAAGGUGUUAAGGCUCCAUAUCAAAUAGUGUCCGGUAACGAGAAAGCCAGUUUAACAAUAUUAUUUACUGUUGCUGCUUCUGGAGUAAUGCCACCUCCCAUGAUUUUAUUUGAUCUGAAAACGUCGCCAAAGAAGAAUGUUUUGGACCAAAUACCAAGAGGCUGGGGAGUAGGAAACACGGAACGUGGCUGGAUGACAGGUGAAAGCUUUUACAGUUAUAUAAGUAAUGUAUUUUACAAAUGGCUACAAGAGAACAAUUACGUGUUUCCUAUCAUCUUAUAUGUAGACGGACAUAGCUCACAUAUGACGCUACCACUACUUAAGUUCUGCAAAGAGCAUCUUAUAGAACUAGUAGUGCUCUAUCCAAAUGCCACACACAUCAUACAACCAUUAGAUGUUGCUGUCUUCCAUCCACUGAAGGAUUCUUAUAGAAAAGUGUUACGUCAAUGGAGAAUCGACAAUAAUGUUGUUGAUGUUAAGAAACAUAUGUUUGCUCCAGUUUUAAAAAUGGCCUUGGAAUCGUAUGAUCUCACUGACGCUGUUAAAAAUGGUUUUAGAGCCUGUGGCUUAUAUCCAUUCAACGCUGAUGCAGUUAACUAUAAUGUUUUAAGCAAGAAGAGUAAGAAGAAAGACGCAAGCAUUAAUCUACAUUCAACCAACAAUUCAGAUCAAGACAGUAUCAUAAAGAAUACAGAACUUUUAGCUAUGUUUGAAAAAAAUGUUAUUUCUCCGGAUAUCGUAGAGUCUUUCAAACAAGCUGAAUCAGAAAACAAAUGGAAUGGUGAUGUAAAAUAUCUGGCAUUAUAUGAAUCUUGGCUUAAGCUGAAAAAACUAUGUAGUGAAAUGCAUGAUGUACCUUCAAAUGAAGCUCUAACAGUUGAAAAUUCAUUACCAGCUGAUCAACCAAUACCAAAUGCUGAUUUGAUUGGUAUGGCAACUAAUAACGCAUCCGGAGCAACUGAUGAAAUCAUGCUUGAUGCUUCAAGUCAUUCCGACAACCAGCUGGACUUGUCUGUUAUCAACGUAGCGGAUGAAAACUCAUUGGACAUGAGUUAUGCUAUAACUCCAAGCAUCGAACAAAAUACUCUAGCAGAAUUGCCAGUAGCAGAGUUAAUUGAGUUGUACGAUGAACUGGGCAAUCGUGUAACAGCCACAGUUAUAGCAAUAAAUGAUGAUGUGACUAUGAGCAACGACAGCUCCCCAAGUAACGCAGAUACCAGAGUUGACAGUCAACUUGUACCGGAAGAAAAAAAUAAAGAUGACUUGGAUAAGACUGACAGUGAAGAGUUUAAUAGUGACUUGAAUAGAGAAUCAAGUAGUUCUCAUUGUUUGAAUAUAUCAAACAAAGAUGACGUUCUGGAUUUCACGAUAACUUCCGAAGGUACCAAUGAGUCUGAGAAUACUGUAAAUACAGAGCAAGAAGACUCUCAUGAUUCUGUUAAAGCUCCUGUACAGACUGAUACCUUAGAAAAAACUAGUCCUGUGUUUGGAACUUCUGUAUUAAGCAAACACAAUUCUAUAAAUGUCAUAAAUGACAAUAACAGUCACCUAAGCAUCGACGAAGAAUCUAACUCAAGUACUUGUGGAAGUAAAAAUGAUAUACAAAUAUCACCUAAGCUACAAGAAUUUUUCCCUGUACCUACGUUUACGAAGAAGAGAAAAAAAAGUACUUCUAAAAAUACCCCAACUGUGGCUGUUGUUGACGACCUGUUGAUAGCGAUGCAACAGAAAGAAGCAGAAAAAAAAGAAAAAGGGCAACAAAUUUUAUUGAACAAACAAGAAAGGGAAAAGGCAAAAACAAUAAGAGACAAAGAAACAACUAUUGUGAAGCAAUAUAAUGAAAAUAAGAAGAAAAAAAUACAAAAGAAGAAAGAACUUAAAUUACAAAUACAGAAUUUGAAGAAGACAAUCAAAUCGGAAAACAGCAAAGAAAAUGUUGGUCCCUUAACAGAGCGGCUCCAGAAAGUGAAUGCCGAAUUAGCUGAAUUGGAAAAUUCAUUAAUUCUAGAGGAAAUGGAGUUUUUACAAAAAAAUUAAAAUGAAAAAAGAAAAAUGUGAUUCCACUGUAUGAAAUGUUAUUUUUAUUAAUGUAACGUAACUUCUUUAUUGUUCUUAAGUGCAUUAUUUUUGUACUAAAAUAAUAAAAUUUAAAAAAGAAAUGAAUACUAGAAUGUAUGUGCAUUUAUCACUUCUAUUUCUAUUAUUUUAUCAUUAUUAUCAACUUCAUUUACCUAAUUGAUAUCCCGUAUUAAAGUAUUGUACAACUAUUAGGUUCGAAUGUGUCCAAGUAUUGGAACAUUUGUCCAACUUAUGGGUUCUAAAGUGUCCAAGUACUACGUCAACUAUAAAUGGUUGUCCAACUACUACAGUAUAUAACCACGUUUUAAAAUCAAGUUUAAUUAAUGUUUAAAAGCUUUAUUUAAACUUUUUUUUUUUUAAAUUGUCUCUUAAAUAUGCAAAUUAUAUGUGGGAAUCGAAAAAAUAUUAAAUUAACGAUAUUUUGGCUUUGAAAUAACAAGGUGAAAUUUUUUUUCAAAAAAUCUGUCCAAGUAUUGGGCAUUUUACUACAUGGUAGAGCGCCAGACUCGUAAUCUGAGGAACCAGGUUCGAGUCCACUAGAACCAUGAAUCAUG